UCCACAGCAAAUAUCCUAACUGUGAUCAUCCUCUCUCAGCUGGUGGCUAGGAGACAGAAGUCUUCGUACAACUAUCUCUUGGCACUUGCUGCUGCUGACAUCUUGGUCCUCUUUUUCAUUGUGUUCGUGGACUUCCUAUUGGAAGAUUUCAUCUUGAACAUGCAGAUGCCUCAGGUACCCGACAAGAUCAUAGAAGUGCUGGAAUUCUCAUCCAUCCACACUUCCAUCUGGAUUACUGUUCCAUUAACUAUUGACCGAUAUAUUGCAGUAUGCCACCCGCUCAAGUACCACACGCUCUCCUACCCAGCCCGCACCCGGAAAGUCAUCGUAAGUGUUUAUGUCACCUGCUUCCUGACCAGUAUCCCCUACUACUGGUGGCCCAACCUCUGGACUGAAGACUACAUCAGCACCUCCAUGCAUCAUGUCCUUAUCUGGAUUCACUGCUUCACUGUGUACUUGGUACCCUGUUCCAUCUUCUUCAUCUUGAACUCAAUCAUUGUGUACAAGCUCAGGAGGAAGAGCAAUUUUCGCCUCCGUGGCUACUCCACGGGGAAAACCACUGCCAUCUUGUUUACCAUCACCUCCAUCUUUGCCACCCUCUGGGCCCCACGCAUCAUCAUGAUCCUCUACCACCUUUACGGGACGCCCAUCCAGAACCGCUGGCUGGUGCACAUCAUGUCCGAUGUUGCCAACAUGCUGGCCCUUCUGAACACGGCCAUCAACUUCUUCCUCUAUUGCUUCAUCAGCAAGCGGUUCCGCACCAUGGCAGCCGCUACUCUCAAGGCCUUCUUCAAGUGCCAGAAGCAACCCGUUCAGUUCUACACCAACCAUAACUUUUCCAUAACAAGUAGCCCCUGGAUCUCACCGGCCAAUUCACACUGUAUCAAGAUGCUGGUGUACCAGUAUGACAAAAAUGGAAAACCUAUAAAAGUAUCCCCAUGACCCCAUAGGUUUGACACCUAGUGCCUCUGCAUAAUCCAUUGCCAGAUGGGAAUGUGGCCCAUCCUGUGGCUGAAGAGCUCUCCUUAAGAGUGCUAACCUGAUUUCCUGUCUCCACAGACUGAGCACCUUUCAGACUGGUAGAUGAGAAAAGAUGGAGGAGAAAAACAACAAAAGCUUGAAUCUUGUUUUCAUUUAUGCAUUUGUUUCCACCGAGUCAUGUAGACAGCAAAAGUCUCUACCAGCUUGAAGAUGUCAUUGGAGGUUGUGUCAUUCUCCUGUGGCCUGUAAGGACACACCAGAGAGAAAUAGUCUAUGGACUUAAGCUUGGCAUCAUCCAGUCACUGGGAACUGCUCAUUUACGUGACACAUCAAGCCACAGUAACACAUAGCUGAGCCCACACUCUUCUUCCAAGAACUGAGGUCAUCCAUCAUUUCCCUGUGUUGUUACCAGCAGCUAACAAUGCAGACCAAUUCGGGAAUUGUCCAAGGCUCCCUUUGUCCUAGGGAGGGUUUUGGUCUUGAAGUGGCCCUGACAUACCUAUCUGCAGAAUGACACUGAGGGGACAGGGGAGGAUUGAAUCCUGCACAAACUCUGGCCAGAGUUUCUGUGAAAAUGCUCCAAACCAACAUAACCAUGACCCUCAGACCCUCAGGGGUCUAAGAUCCAGUCUUUCUAUUUGCCAUCAUGUAUAGGUUUUAUCUAACACCUCCAAAACAAAGACCCUGCCUGGUGUGCAGGGCCAUAGGAGGAAUUCUUGAGCCCAGAAAAACAAAAAAUAAGCCCACUCUUGCCAUUGUUUCAAUCCACCCUUGAGUAAGUUGUGUAUGAUCUCUUUACUGAAAUAGCUUCUUCUUGCCAUGCCACUCAAGCUUCCUGGAGAAGCCUUUAUGUGUAGAGUUGCCAACCCUGCCAUCCUGCUUGCUGAAGCCCUCACCAAACUGUUUUAUUUGAAGUGACUUUUGAACUGGAUUUGAUUUUCAAGGGUCAGGAACUAUAGCUCUCCAGGUGUGAAAGGAGGCAGUCUCAGCUCCACCCCGCAGCCCAGCUGGCAUUGCCAUUUGGCCGCAAAUGGUGAUAAGAAGGUGCCCAUGUUGUCUGCAUGUCUGCCCUUUGAUGCACAUGGCUCAAAACGGUGGUGCCAGUUUUCAGUGAUGCUAUUUAACCCAGAUCCUUUGCAAAAUAAUACAAUAUGAAUUUAUUUAUUCUUCCCUUGCCUGUACAAGUCAAGAACAGUUCUAGGGUAUAAUUAAUGGAGGUUUCCCUGGGAAUUACCACUCAUGUGUGCAUACACACAGACUUGAAUACAUUAGGCUCCUGUGUACACCAUGAUGUGUUUUGAAAGAAAAAUCUAUGCUGGAGAUUUUCCUCAGUUUUUUUUUUUUUAACCUUCUUCCAGAUUACCAGUAUUUGAAGUUAUCCCUGUUCUGAAAGAAGUAUUCCAACAUGAUUUUGGAAUUGUAUGAUAUUUUUGGUGACCCAACAAAAAGCAGAGAGUCCACUUGAAACACUUGGUUCCUCGGGCUGGAUUUUUACUGCACUUUUGUCCCUAAAUUGGAAGACACAUCUACCCUUUUAAAGGGAACUUGCAAUAAAUGAGCAGGGUAGAAAAGGCUCCAAUGCCAUAUAAUCCCAAAACUUCAGCCAAUACCCUCAGCAUUAAAUCAGUACAACUUUAGGUUACAUUCACCCUAAAGAUCCUAAUUCCUACUCUGUUUAAAUGCAGAAGAGUCUUGUCUCACCCAAAGAUUAGUUCUGAAGUCAGUGGAAAAAAUCUGGUAGAGCCAAAGUUACCUCUGCAAAGUUCUCAGGAAGGAUCCACGUUGGAGACCGUAUUCUAUCCCUUAAAAUUCCUAACUCAGAUAAGUUUUUUUUUUUUUACCCCAGCAUUGGAACAGUUUGCUGUUUCUUCCACUGAAGACAGGACAGAAUUGACUUACAUUUAGAGACCGUAUAGUGUGACUCCAUUGUAUUUGAGAACAUUAGGAUCACACUGGUGCAGCAAGGUGCUCCCACUAAAAGAUGUUCAUGGAAGUUUGAAUGAGGGAAGAGCAGAUUCGUAUCUUCCAGGUCACACUCUCCCCAGGGCAGUGUGCAUCGUGUGGGAGAAUGGGCAGAUUUCCCAUUAAGUUGCAUUUCUGUUUCUUUUUUUGCCAAGCAUGUGUAGUCGGGUACCUGUUCAUUAACUGUGUGUAUGAUAUGACUCCAUCACACCCCUUUGUGAAUGAACCAAAGGCUACCUACACCUAAUAUAUAUAAGUAUUUAUUUGAUUAUUUAUUUUUAAACAAUAGGUCUGAAAAAUGCUAGUUUUAGCUAUACAUGAAUGAGUCACUGUGCAAUAUCUAUAAUGGUUAAGCAAUUCCUUUUUGAGAAUGAAUGUAAGAUGAAAAAUAUGUAUGUGGAUCUCAAUGCUCUCUGCUCCACAUUUUUAGGUGUGUGUAAAAAUUAAUUAUUGAUGUUUAAAAAGUAAAAGCUGAGUGUGUAUUUGGAAUGUUUUCCUCAUACACUCAUUUAUUACUUCUCUUAAUAAUAGAGGCUAUACCAAUUAGUAUUUGAUCUCUUGUCCUUCUGACUGUAUUUUAUAUUUUGAUACAAUAAUAUUUAAAAGAGGUCUGAUUUUUGAAGGCAGUCCAUGAGGUUUUGUCUUCUGGUUAUAAUGCAUACAAAUGCCUGUUGGCUUAGGUUGAUACAUAUCUCCUAAAAUUUAUCUCAAAUAAUAUGAAGACUUUUAAUUUAUUCUUAUUUAUAGUAAUAAUUGUGGACAAAAUUUAAAAGCUUUUUAAAGAGAAAACAAACUUUUAAGCCUUUUCUUUCAGGCCAGUUUUGGAAAUAUAGCUUUGAGUUUUGAAGCCUGUCACAUAAAGAGCUGCUGUUGAUGGCACAUAAGCAAUUGCCUUAUAUCAGGUUUUUGUGAUGCCCCUUUCAAAGCCUGUUAACUAGCGUCCCUCCUGUAUGAUUUGUGUCCUUGGUUGGACAUGCAGUGAUGCUACACACGUACACACUGUGUCUUUCUACUGAACAACUCAAGGACUGAACUGCCUAAUGGGAAGGAGAUAAGGAGGAUACAAACAAACAGUAAAAGACAGACCAUGAGAAGGCAUGAAGUUUCAUCUUGCAAACACUCCGCAAGUGGAAACUUACUUUGCACAGUUGGUGCCUACUGGUCCAACCUGAGGGGCCUAUCUGAAAUGAAUAAGAGACUCUAAGUUUGGUUAUUCCAGUUCAAAGAAUGGGAAAAAAAUGUUACCAUAAAAAAAUAGUAAAUGUUCAUAUUUUCUUAAUUAGAUAUUAUAUUGUGUUUGGACUUGUUUGUAUUAUAAUAAAUUCUAA